AUGUUUCCGUCAUACGCCACCGUGCCCGUGUUCGCUUUCGUGAUACUGUUGAAUUUCUUCUUCUUGAACUCGCCCAUCGAAUCGGUGGAGAUCGGCGUACUCUACACUACGUGCCAGGAUUGUCUGGCUGGCAAGUGCCAUAAUGAUAGAAACAGACCGUGCAUGACCCUACACGACGGUUCCUACUUAUGUUUCACUUGUGAUAUCGAAUUAGGUGACCAGCAGUACUACACCUUAGAUGAAUGCAAGACGGGUUGCACGGACCCGAAAAGGGUGUGCAUUUGUACUAGUAUGUGUUUCGUGUGCAUCAGAAAAUUAGUCCUUGAAAAUGGAGGAUAUUUAGAGGAUUGCGAUUUGCCAACCGAGCAGGAACUGAACAUAACGUGCAAGUAA